GGCUCGGCCGGGGUCACUGAGCCGGCCCCAAGAGCUCUGGGAGGCUCCCUCAUCCCCGUACCCUGACCCAGCGCCUGGUGUGAGCGAAAUUAGUGCCGAAGGAAGGGGGGCGGAUUGCCCGCUGCCUGGUGAAAAGGUCAAUAUUGGACAGAGAGGCAUACAAAACCGGUGUUGCAUAAAAGUUGGUGAUAACCAACUGAGAAGCAGUUGUAUCACUUGCCUCCUGAUAGCCUCUUGCAACAAGAGUGCUCUGCUUUGCCGUCUUCCAUUAGGUCUGCACAAGUGAAAAGUGCUGAAGGAGUGUGAUAAAUUGAACCUGUGCAGUCAUACUGUUGAAGAAGGACAGAAGACAAUUUGAACCAUGGCAAGCCAGGCGUUUUCCCCAGAGGCUGCUUUCCCUCAUGGGAGGCGGAGGGAGAAAUGGGACCCCAGGCUUCUUUCAAGGGCAAGGACUUGAUGGCAAAAAAAAGAGAAUGUCUCCAGGCCUACAGCUGGUGGAGAACACCACAGAAGAAACGGAAGAAAAAGAACAAAAUAAAACCGGGAAGAAUAGAGUUUGUCCCUAGUAGUACUAACACAACCAGACCGGAUUAUUCAAUAUUUGUUGGGGAGCUGACUCCAGAAGUAGAUGAUUUUCAGCUCUAUGACUAUUUCCUAAAGAGGUAUCCCUCAUGUAUUGACUGCAAAAUAGCAACAGACCUGCUGGGAUAUUCCAGAGGGUAUGCCUUUGUCAGAUUUGGUGAGCAAGGUGAUCAGAUGAGGGCACUGCAAGACUGCCAGAAUGCACCAGGUCUGGGGGGAAAACGAAUCCGGCUGAGCAUAGGAAUUUCUAAAAGACUGAAAGCAGAAUUCCAGCGGUACCAGUCAUACAACUAUAAUGAUUAUUACCAAGAUUAUCAGAACUACUAUUCCCAGUGGAAUUACGAUCCCUACGCUGACUACAACUACAGCUCCUAUACUCCCUAUGAUAGCAUGCAAGCUGUUGGAGACUGCUCUUUAGGAGAUGCUGUUAUGGCUCCAGCUGUUUUUGAGGAAGCUUCAGCUAUGACUGAAAUCAAUGAUGACCUAAUAACUGAAGAUCCACAGCUGUACUUGGAUGUUGAUGAAAUGAACAGACAAUUUAUGGAGACAAGUGAAGAACUCUAUGAUGCCCUCAUGAAUUGUCACUGGCAACCUCUGGAUACGGUCACUUCUGACAUCCCCUCUGCUAUUUAAGUGUCUUAUAUAGCAUGACCGUUAUAACCAAGGUGCUAAAAUUACAUUUCUUCUACAUUACUCUAGAUCAUAAGUUUUAAAGCACAAUGAUAGGUUGGGGUUUUUUUGCUAUGCUUUUGGCAGUUUCUGUAAUUUGUUUUGUUUUGUUCAUCACUUGGAGCAUCUUGAAAUCAUGUAAAUAUUCUAGAAAUGUAAAGAGUUCAAUGGGGUCUAAAGAUAGACUUGCCUGUGUAAAUAAAAUUUUGUUUCUGCAAACUGGCCAGCAAGGGAUUUUACUGACAUAUGCGAAACACCUUCUCUUCUGGCUUGUGAAAUUUAGCUGGAGGCAGUAGGGGUAUUUCACCUGUCUUUGGUAUGGGCAUCAGCACUAGUAAGAACUAACUCUCAUGUACUUCAAGAUACCUAGGCAAUCUUAAAAGCUCUUAACAUGCUGUACAGUUUUAACAUACAGAAGGGUAAACUUUGAGCUGCUGUAGCUGCAAACAUUCCAAAGACUUAAGGAUGAUAGCUAGUGAUAAUUUUAUUUUUGCCCUUCUUGUUAGUCUUCUCAUCAGUCUUCUCAUCUGACCCUUUACAGCAAAGAAACUGGUGUAAUAUAAUACCUGUUCUUACACAUAAAAAUCCUUGGAGAAAACACUGUGGUUUAAAGGAGGAAGGAAAACCUGUCAGGAAUUAAAGUAUCCCAGUAUCCCCUUCAACUACGUUGUAUGCUGUCCUAAACCUCUGUUAUUUUUUCAGUCUUCAUGCUUAGAUGUUUCAUAGUGAUGAGUUUGAUAACAUUUUCAUAGGAUGGCAGUUCUCAGUUGAAGUCAAAAGAGGUUAGGUGAGAUGGCAUUGAAGAAAGUUCUGCUUUAAGACAGCGACUUCUGAGUGGCUUCCUCUAAACUGUUCUUACCUGAAAGUAUUUUCCAGUCCUAGGGACAGCUUAAGCUCCUGUUACUACUUAAUGUACACAAAGUAAAUUUCAGGGUGGAAACAAAAUAACACUUUUUUGAAGAGAAAGUGGUAGAAAUUAUCCUAUAGCUAAUACAUCUGAAAGCUACUCAAGGCAUUUUGAUACUGCCAUGUGUGUUUGGGGGCAGUCUAAACCAUAAUUGCUAGGAUGGCAGGUUUUUUUGGUUUUUUUUGCUUUAAUGAGUUAAUUGCAUUGAAGUGGUGGUCAUAACCUAUAUGCUGUUCUUAAAUGUGAAACUAGUACUGCAUUGCAGAGUGAUGACUUGGCAUAGCAGGUCCCUUCUACCUGCUCCCCAGAACCUCCCUCUUUUCACAGUUUAAUUUCAGCUGGGACUGUGUUUUUGUAAGUCCCACCCAUGAAAUACAGAUGCUCUAAACUAGAAAGGUUUUUUUGGUGUGAUACAGGAACUUCAUUCUUCCUGGAUUUUGUGCAUUGCAUAUGUAGAAGGAGAGAAAACAAAACCCCCUCAUUCAGGCAGGGAGAUUACUAUCACAGUCUUAGAAACUGCUUCCCUACAUUGAGAGAACUAGUUGCAAAGUGGUUGAAUACUGGGAUUUUGUUGGUGAAUGUUUCCCUAGUGUGAACUGGUCAGUCUUUGGAGGGGCAUAGUAGGGAGAUUAUUAAUGGGAAUGUGACAGAAAGUGGAAUAAAUGAAACAAAGAGAAUCUGGAUGGGAAAGGGAAUUACUUGUAUGCCUGUAUAGAAUAGUUUCACAUGAUUGCAGAAGGGUGGAAACUUAAGGUAGUAGGUGCAGGAUCCUUGAAUUUGGAUGUGGGGGGUGUUAAACUUUCAAAACUGCUGGAUUUGAUGUCACUUGAGUUGUAGUGCACAGCUGUGGUGCCUAAGCUUGGUAGUACUAACCAGUUGCUAGGCAAAGGAUUUUGUAUCUAGCAAGAUCGUCAUCACAAGCUGGAAGAUUAUAACCCAGGCACAGACCUGGAAGCUUCCUGCUUUGAAGUGCAUAUCCUGCUUUGCAUAGUGUUACCUAACACCAUACUUAAGCUACCACAAGUACUUUGUGGAAACCUUUUAUUGUGUUACCAGAUGCUAAAGAUGUGUGUUGGCUUGGUAGAAAUCCUUUAGAGCAUCCACUGACUUUUAAGUUUUGGGAGGUUGAUCCAUGUGUGAAUUAUGUAAUGAGGAGCCCAUGUAGUUGUGUGAGUUCACUUACAUCAGUACUGUAUCACCACAGCACAUAAACCUCAAAAGUCAGAGCCUGUAUUCACCAUAUUUAUGCAGAUUUGAAAUAUUAGCAAGGUCUCCACACUGCAUUAGAGACUGUUUUCAGACAUGCACCUUCUGUUCUGGCCUGUAAAGUACCUGUAUAGUGAAAAUACUGUUUAUGAAAAGCAGUGAAAGAGGUUGUUUGGGUCAUUAGUUCUGCAAACCUGAGAAAUGUUGGGGAAUAUAUUCUUUUUAGUCAGCACAGAAGAAAAGCGAGGUGAAGAAGGGAGUCUGCUGGUUGCAGCCUGUGUGAUACUGUUUUAAAUAGCUCUGUUUUUUGUCUCCUGAUGCUUUCUAGUCUAUACUGAUUACCAGUUAGGAGUGCAUAUGUGGGAUCAUGGUACUGUGUGCAGCACACAUUCUUUACUGUAAAGGCACACUGAAAAAACUUCUCUGUAUUGGUGUAAGCACAAAUUUGGGAAAAAGUGAGCUCAUCAGAUCUGCUGGCAUUCAUUACUGAGACUUCUGAGGAAACUUCCAGUGAUGGUCCAACUACUGCCUGCAUUAGUGAGCUUACACAAAGACCUCAACAUGCUCAUCAUACAGAUGCCUGCUCUCAGUUCUACCAAGAGCUGAAUGCAGUAGAAACAUAAAACAAAAAGCAUUGGGAACAAUGUUUUCAACACCAUGCUAUCUCACUUUUGUUAUGUUUUGUCUGUUUUACCCAGCUGAAAUGUUGUGGGGUUUUUUAAGUCUGAUGAGGGGGUUUUUUGAAUAAUAUCUUGUAUUGGUUUUAUAAACUCUUCUUUUACCUAGCUAUGAUAGAUAGUGCCUUUACCUAAAACCCACUUAUUUCUUGAAGAAGAGUAAUGUUUUUGUUUUCCACUUCUGUGAACAGAAAAGCUUUAGUACCAUGGUUUGAGGGGCUAAUCAUCCUGCAGUCAGUGAACAGCGAGAAAGAAACAGGCUAAAAACCAGUGAAGACUGAAAAGUGUUCAGAAAGCUUAAAUGGUACUUAAGCCGUGAAUGUUUCUUUUUGCAGGGAUGCUCUUGGACCAACAGCUUCUUUCUAGCGCUACCUCAAAGUAACUUGCAGAUAUAACUCACAGGGAAGAUUGAUCAAAUGGUGAUGAUCACUAUCAUUCUGCUGGAGAUAUCUAUAUAUAUAUAUUUGCCUUUUGUCUCGUUUUUAAUGACAUUUAUUUAACUUCAUUGACUCAUGUCAAUAGAUGUUUGACUACGUCAACAAGUAUUUCUGAGUUUCAAGGUAUGUCACCAUAUGGAAAUUGUUCUAAAUAAGUAAAUAAAGUAGCACUUGAAUUUACAGAGCAAAUGUAGUGUAGAUGCAUUUAACACUUAUGUGGAAGAGAAAAUCACAUUUACAGCUUAGCUUAAUAUUCUUAGCAUGCAUAAAAGAGGGAAGCUUGUUUUAAAUUUGUCCAGCUCCUACAUGACCAACAGAGGAAUGAUUUUAGUCAAUUUCCCCACACAGGUACCAUUCUAGAAGCCAGCAUUGUUGUUAACGAAUAUCUGUUACCAAUGGGCACUGCAUCCCUCUGUAGCCUUACUUCCCUUCCCCUUAAGCUGAAAGCUAGCAUGAUAAUUGGUUCCCGGACAAAAUUAGUAACAAAUGCAGGCUAAAAUAGGAUUUUUUGUGUUUUGAUAAUUACAUUGAUGUAGAUCUUGACAUGCCCAUUGUAGAAGCCGACCAUCAUCCUAAAAUUAGUCAGCAGCUGUAGCACACUAGUCAUUUACACCAAAUGAGGCGGUUCUUGCAAGGUGACUUUUAACAUGCAUGUUCUAGGAUAGGAAUUUUCUAUGACUGCAAGUCAUCCCCCUGCAUGUAAAAUAGUAUUCACAAUUGUGGGGCAGAAGAGUAAGAGUGUAGUUUAUGAGAAGAAAUAUGUGGAAAAUAAUUCCACUGUGCUGGGUAUUGGAUAAUGGUUAUCUCCUGUAGAUAAUGGGACAAAGAAAGUGAGGAGUUAAGUCAUGUAGGAGAGCUGGGAAGAGCCUGAUGAAGUUCAGAAAAAGCCAGUAUGAAGCAGAGAUGAGGCAGCACAAAAUUCCCCAGUACCAUUUCUUCUCACAGUUGUUCCUCUGUAGCUGCUGCCCGUUUACAUUUCUGCACACUUUCAGAAUCACCCUUGUUUGAGCCCCCCAUGAUUCCACUCAUGCCUCCUCCAGUUCCACACAUGCUUUCCUCAGGUGUGUGCUGUGAUAAAUGUUUUUUGUUUUUCCUGUAGAAGGGGUAUGUGGUGCAUCAGGGCUCUGUCCUCUGAGUAACAUUUUUAUUGACUUGUACACAGGGAAGGUGCUUGUGAUUUUUCUGCACUCCUCACCUCUAUCCUUCCCAGAGAUUUGAUGCUAAAAAUAAAAUGUGAAACCAUA